CGGCUGCGAGCCUGCGGGACAUGCCCCCCGCGCCGGCUCCUUGCUGGCGGCCAUGAAGAGGCAGAACGUGCGGACUCUGUCCCUCAUCGUCUGCACCUUCACGUACCUGCUGGUGGGCGCCGCCGUCUUCGACGCCCUCGAGUCGGACCACGAGAUGCGCGAGGAGGAGAAACUCAAAGCCGAGGAGAUCCGGAUCAAGGGCAAGUACAACAUCAGCAGCGAGGACUACCGGCAGCUGGAGCUGGUGAUCCUGCAGUCGGAGCCGCACCGCGCCGGCGUCCAGUGGAAAUUCGCCGGCUCCUUCUACUUUGCCAUCACGGUCAUCACCACCAUAGGGUACGGGCACGCCGCCCCCGGGACGGACGCGGGCAAGGCCUUCUGCAUGUUCUACGCGGUGCUGGGCAUCCCGCUGACGCUGGUGAUGUUCCAGAGCCUGGGCGAGCGCAUGAACACGUUCGUGCGCUACCUGCUGAAGCGCAUCAAGCGGUGCUGCGGCGUGCGCAACACGGACGUGUCCAUGGAGAACAUGGUGACCGUGGGCUUCUUCUCCUGCAUGGGGACGCUGUGCAUCGGCGCGGCCGCCUUCUCCCAGUGCGAAGAGUGGAGCUUCUUCCACGCCUACUACUACUGCUUCAUCACGUUGACUACCAUCGGCUUCGGGGACUACGUGGCGCUGCAGACCAAGGGCGCGCUCCAGAAGAAGCCGCUCUACGUGGCCUUCAGCUUUAUGUACAUCCUGGUGGGCCUGACGGUCAUCGGGGCCUUCCUCAACCUGGUGGUCCUCAGGUUCCUGACCAUGAACAGCGAGGACGAGCGGCGGGACGCCGAGGAGAGGGCGUCGCUGGCCGGCAACCGCAGCAGCAUGGUCAUCCACCUGGCCGAGGAGGCGCGGCAGGGCCGGCCCCGGUACAAGGCGGACGUGGCGGACCUGCAGUCCGUGUGCUCCUGCACCUGCUACCGCCCGCAGGACUGCGGCGGCCGCUCGGCCGCGCACCGGAACUCCUUCAGCGCCAAGCUCGCGCCGCACUACUUCCACUCCGUCUCGUACAAGAUCGAGGAGAUCUCUCCGAGCACAUUAAAAAACAGCCUCUUCCCAUCCCCCAUCAGCUCCAUCUCUCCCGGGUUACACAGCUUUACCGACAACCACAGGCUGAUGCGGAGGCGGAAGUCCAUCUAGGGGUCUGGGGGCGGGGGGGUGCGAACAGAAGUCCUUUGUCGUGUUUGACCCGAGGUCUCAUUAGCCCCACGUGUCUUUCCUCCUCCCGUAUUUAUUUAUGACGAGGAUCCUUUAUCAGGAUGAUGAUGUCGUCAUGUUUUCUUUCUCUCCUUCCUUCGUUUCUGGUGUCAUUUCUUCCCCACCUUCCAGCGAGACGGAGCAGAGGCCAAAGGGAAAAGAACGCCCGCCUUCCUCUGAAACUCGCAUCCGAGCAUGAAGCAUGGAUUUCUUCCUUCUCCCCAGCAAAGUAUGCCUUACAUUUCUCCCCCACCUGCCCCAUCUCUGGGGCGGCUUUCCCAGGACAGGUGUGAGACCCAGACAAGGAGACAGAGCCGAGAGGAUACCCGAUCCAGAGUGGCACACCCGGCGGCGAGCCUGGAGCGCCCACCCGCAGGGCUGCCUCCGACCCAACUCCUUCCUCCUUCCUCCCCAAGCAGCGGGUGGCUGGCUGUGCGUGGUCCUGAGUGUGUGUGAAUGAGUGCACUGUGUGUGUGUGUGCGUGCGCGUUUGCACCAUGUGACAAAAUGGAAAGUAUCAGGUAUUCAUCUUUCUUUUCCAUCACACAGUUUUGGUAAUGGCCUGCCCUUGGCUGCUUGAAAAGAAAACCCACGAGGUUUUUGAUUCAUCAUCUUGCCGAAUCAAGCAUGUGCCAUAAGCAGUCUUUACCCCAAAUGUAUCACGACCACAUUUUUUAAAUGCUAGGUUGGUUCUAAAUUAUAUUAACUUCUUUUUAGGGGGUGGGUGGGCAAAACACAUGGAUCCUUUUCGCUUCGCCGGUUCACGAACCGUUUAACGAGCAUGCGCCGUGUUAACCUGGUAUGCGUUUACCAACACAAGCGAACAAAACUAACAAGGGAAGAACCCAAAGCCAAUAACGAUAUUCAUUUCUUAGAGACAUUUUUAAUUUUACCAUCUCCAGUUCCAGCAAUUUUCCAUGUAACUGGACGUGUCAGGGGAAACUGGAAAAUUGUUGCAACCCCAGGGUUUCUAUUUUAUUAUUUCCCUCUUAUUUAUGUGAUGAUGCUUGGGCAGCCUCUGUGUACAUGGAUAAGAGUUGCCGUUUGGGAUGCUCGGAGGAGGAUGGCUCUUACCAAGUGGAUGGGGUUUCUUUUCCUUAUUAAAGCAAAGGACAGGGCAGGCCUCAUCUUAAAGAGGAGAUCUAAUUCUUUUAAGAAAGCGUGUCUCUAACUGCCUUUGAUUUUUUAAAAAAGGGAAUGCUGACGUUGGUCUCAGGACGGUUUAGAGGCAGGGCGCUGGGUCUUGGCCUGCUGGGAACUUGCCAAUCUCAGGGGGUGAUUUUUUUCUGACUACUGGAGAAAUUCUUCCCCACUAAGACUAGGAGAUGACCCCCAAGAGGAAGGCCUGCUAAUCUCCCGGGGCCCAGAUAGGCUGUAGGAUAAGGCUCAUCACUCCUGUCCUCCAAGGGGUCUCCAAAGAAAAGUCUGACCUCCAAGUUCACGGGGGAGGCGGGGGUGGGGUGGACUUUCAUUUCCCAUCAUUGGUCUUGCUGCCAUUUCUAAGAGCCAGCCGGCCUCGCGCUGCUUUCUCGUAAACUGGAAGUUCAAGGCUCUUGGAUGGAAAUGCUGCUCAGAAGGAGCAGUGGAAGCCCCAGUGGGAUCUCCUGGAAUGGGAGAGCUGCUCCCUGGGAAGAGCAGACCUACAGAUUUCCUAAGAGCCGGCCCAAGUGCACCUGUCCCAAGCAUUUGGGCCCCUGGACAGAGCAGAGCCCUCAAGGGUCCUCUGGAAAGGCGGGCACGCUAAUGUCACACCCCGCAGUGAAAGAGGCCCCUUUGUCCUGGACAAGGACCUGUGGAAGGGGUCUGGGAACCUCAGAGUCUCUGGGCCAAAGUGGACAGUUAUCAAUCCUCAAAUUUGCAUUAACUCUUUUAAGAUU